UGGCACUGCUGUACUAUAUAGCCGCCUCACCUUCAAAUUGGCUCCAUUCAACACAACUCCGCCUGCCAUCCACUAUCGCCAUGAUUCACAUACUGUUGGUAAGCCUGGUAGCCACCGCCUGGGCCGCCCCUGCUGAACUUCCUGCAGCUCCUCUAACCAAGUCUCAACAGAUACCCAUCGUCUCACUGGAGAACAAUGUCAACUUUGAUGGCAGCUACAAAUACAGUUUCGAGGGUGGCGACGGCACCCGAGCCAUCCAGGAAGGAUCACUGAAGCAGGUCGGCCAAGACGUUGGUGAAUCUGCCCAAGGGUCGUACUCCUACGUGGGUGACGACGGUAGGAACUACGCCAUCUCCUACACUGCUGACGAGAACGGCUACCGACCCCAGGGGGACCAUCUCCCCCAGCCACCACCCAUACCUGAGGAGAUCGCCAAGAGUCUGGCGUUCCUGGCGACCAAGGCACCCACCAAGGAAGAUCUGGAAGGUCAAUACACUCCUUGAGAUGGAGGGUGAUUGAUAGUAGGGGGAAUAGGUCUGAGAGAGGAAACUUUUGUUAUUUACUUCAGAUUUUCUAAGAACAAUUAAUUUUGUUUUAAUGUCCGUACCAGAUUUAUUUAGGAAUGCGAAGAUUUAUACUCUGUGAUUCUGAUCUGAUUGCAGAAAAUGAGUUUUCAAAGAAUAUUAUUUAACAUCAAAAUUAGGUACGUUUGAAUCAAGAUGGUCGAAGUAUUUUAUUCUUUUAAUUUAACUGCGUACGAUAUUAUGGUAAUACGAAGAUUUGUCAUACCAAAUAUCUCUCCUGGACCUAUUUAGCCCUAAAAUGGGUAAUAAAGCUGUGAUCUCUGUGGUAUUUAGUAAUAAUCCUUUAGCUCAAAAAAUUAACCUGGUUCUACUUUAUAAAAUAUGCAUAUCCUUCAUACAAUUAGUGUUACUACUUUAUACUUCAUUCUAAAUAUUUAUUACAGAAAGUACAAUUAGAUUCUGUGUUUAGCUUAUGUGUAUAAAUAUAAGUUUUAUCGUGUU